AGGUGAUAAUGUCUUUCUUCUGUUUGAUCGGUCCACCACUUUGGUCCAGAAUGAAAUAUCUCAACAACUGGUGGAUGGAUUAGAGCAUUCAUGUCCCAGGAUGAACGAACCAUCUGUGGGGACCUGCGAGAAACUGUUUGGCAAAAGGCGACCUGUCUAUCACUGUCCAUCAUCCAAUCAGAUAACAGUCGGAAGGCUUAAAGCCUGGCGAGGAGGGGCUACGGGUUGGUGUGGUCUGUGCCCACAGCUGACUGCCUGUUCUCGGCUGUCCACACGUCCCUGGGUUCCCUGAGACGCCCGAUGACAAGAGUGCACGUAUCCGUUACUGACCUCACUGCUUCAGCCUCACCCGCUCUGACCAGAGGAGAAAGAUUAAGUUGGAAAGGGGCGAAGAGAAGGCUGGAAGGAGAAGGAGGAAGGUCGGUGCAGAGGGCGACACAAUGAAGGGAUUGUAGGGGCAACCGAGGAGAGGAAGAGGAGGAGAGCUGUUGUAUUCGCAUGAGAAGAGGUGACAAGCUGCAGAAAACUCAAGAUGAUGGAUUCGCAGUAACGGAGCGGAUUGAAGAUGCAUUGGAGCAAGCGGGCAUCUUCCGUUGUCUCAACGCUGACGGUGCAACAGUGAUGCAUUUCUCUUCCCUGCUGUGGUACAAGCUGGUUUAAUAAGUGGAGCGAAAUCAGAUGAAAAAUCCCAUGCAUACAAAUGAAGCUGUGCAUAUCUGUACUGCUGACAUUAAGGAAUCACCUGAGGGAAUCCUAGUCAGGAAUCAAUUUCCACGUCCUUCUCAGCUCAGCCAUGUCUGAAAUUCAGCGGAUCUUACCCAGACCAACAAACGUAUGCAGCUAAUCAGAAGCCACGAGCUAUCAUCCCAAAGGACAUGAACUCUAACUUUCAACUGCACUUCAUUACGGCUACCAGCAACUUUACAAGCAUGGAUUUGCAGGUCCAGACGGGGAGCAUCAGUGUAUCUGAUGCACCCCAGCCAGUGGUUGCGUCAAUCUAUCCCUCCCUUGAACAGUGGUCAUCAACAUCUUUUCAAAGUCCAACUAGUCAUGAAGUAUUGAGCAUUUCAUCUCUUGUCCCUUCCACAGUCCUCACACUCAUGCCUCACUAUAAACCUGCAGCCAAUGAUAGCUUGUACCUGGAGCCUCCAUCCUUUUUUGAAGUAACAUCAGAGCCUCAACUUCCAGGAACUUCAUCCUCACUCUCUGGUCCCCCCGAAGACCAAAAUCAAAAAGCUCUGACAUCACCAGUCCCUUGUAGUGAUAAUCUGCCGGAGGUUCAGCAGAGGAAAGCAUCAGAUGGAGGCCCACUGGAGGAAGGAUCAGUAGGUCUCAUGUUACUCAAAGAUCUCCCUGAAGAACAGCCAGAUUCGGAGCCUCGAACGUGUUCAUCUCGGGAGCUGUUAUUGAUCGUGUGCCUCCCGGUCAUCAUCAAACUGGUCAUCGCCUCUGCUCUCUUAGUCAAGUUCCUGGCGUUUCCCUCUGAGUCGGGUGAAUCACCUUCACUCUGUGGUGUGAAGGGGAACUACAGCGUCCCAACUCAGCUGCCUUUUCUGCCCAAGAAUCCAAUGAACCAGACGGGAAACAUCACAGCAGACUGCCCAGUUCUGGUCAGUGACGGCCGGCGAAUCGUCGGGGGGAUGCUAGCGCCCAAGGACAAGUGGAGGUGGCAGGUCAGCCUGCACUGGAGAGGGAGGCACGUCUGUGGAGGUGCCAUCAUCUCCCCUCGCUGGGUCAUCACUGCAGCCCACUGCUUUGUUGAGAACAACAUGCUUGAGGCGGCCGACUGGCUGGUGGUGGUGGACACUGUCAGCAUUGCAGACGUCUCUCCGGGGAAACGUUACAGAGCGCUGCAGGUCCUCUACCACCCUCACUUCAACAGAUACAACAACGACUACGACAUGGGCCUUCUGCGCACCGUCACUGACAUAGACAUGACAGGUGGGGUGCGACCGGUCUGUUUACCCAGUCCGAGCGAGUCUUUUCCUCCUGGGGCAGCCUGUUGGAUCACAGGCUGGGGAUAUCUUCAUGAAGGAGGCUUUGUGUCAAAUGAACUCAGGCAGGCUCAGGUCAAGGUCAUAGCCCAAUCCGUCUGCGCCGACUCGAGCGUCUACGGCACGUACCUAACCCCACGAAUGAUCUGUGCUGGCACCAUGGACGGAGGAGUGGACUCCUGCCAGGGGGACAGCGGUGGACCCCUGGUGUGUGAGACAGCCGGUGGGGAGUGGAGGCUGGCAGGGGUGGUGAGCUGGGGAGAGGGCUGCGGACGGCGCAAUAAGCCAGGCGUCUACAGCAGAGUAACCCAACUGAUCCACUGGGUUGAAAGAUACGUAGAGGACAAACUGAGGGUUUCGUUAGAGACCUCAACAGCCAUGACCGACACCUCACUGAAACCUGACAGCUAAAAAAAUAAAGAAGGAAAUCAUCUGUAUCUGCUUGUUUGUCGUCAAAUUUUAAAAAAACACAAACAAUUAUAAUAUUGUGGUCAUAUGCUUAUAAUGUGUCCGUAUACAUAUUAUUUCUUAUAUUUAAUUUUAGUGCCUUGGUGGUUAAGUGAGGCUCGCACAUCAGCCAACUGGUCCGUCUCAGUAUGAAUCAAAUCACUGAUUAUCACAAUUAACUAUCACACUUUUUUUUGUAUGUUUUUAUACCAAUAUAAUCAACGUUUGAGCAUUUGCUGCUAUGUGUUUUUCAUCAGAUAUGAUUCUGUCUAUUUGGCACCUUUGUAAUUUUCAUAAAAUGUAUUAAAUAGCAAUUAUUUCAACUAAAAUCAAUCAAUCAACAUGUAUAUAUUGUACAAUUAUCUGUGUCUGCAAAGCAACGACUAAAAGUAAAAAGUACAAUAUUUAUCCCAGAACUGCAGUCGAGUGAUGACGUAGAAAAACAAGUCGAACAUCCAAGUAAAACACGAGAACCUCAACAUUGUUCCUAAGUAAACUACUUCUGCAACUAUGUACUUCAAAUAAAUCUUCAUUUUCAAAUAUUCCUGGAGCGAGUUAACACAAAAACAAUACUAGUCUGGACAUGCUUAUCUCUUUCAGUCAUCAGCUCUCAAAUGUAAAGACUGGUGUUUGUCACAAAACCCAGUAAAGGUUAGACAGUAAUAUAAUCCUGUGUGCUGAGAAAAGCGCAGUAAAAAGCGCAGCACCUUUUAUACGGUGUUGUAACCUGCUUUAUUUUGGGUGGUGCGAGACCGCCUGGUGAUGUAUGUCAACUGUCACGUAGGCCACUGCUGCUGCCGAGUCUCACGGAUGUGAAUGGGUGGUGCUCAUGCACUGCAACAGACAGCCUUUACUUAAAGGGGCCCUGUGUAGUUUUGGAGAAGAAUUUUAACAUUUACAAUAUUAAUGAGACAACAACACAAACUCAGAAAUAUUCAAUAUUUCCUUACGUGAAUAAACAAGCUGUUCUCAGAGAAAAACAAGGUCUGUAGAAUGCUGUAUGAAGCUAGAAAAGGUGGCAGGGUCCGCCACAUAUAGACAAAGUUAUAACUGGAUGAAAUCACGUUGUCCUUAAAGGUCAGUCGUGAAAAUAGAGAAAGUUUGUUUAUUUAGUAUAAAAAUAAAAAGAAAAAAAAUGUAGAGUUGAUAGCUGAAGCUGAUAACUGUGUUCAGACUAGUAUUGUUUUUGUCUAUUUGUCUGUUUUGACAUAAACACACAACAUGAAGAUGACAAUUUAAAGUCCCGUCCCUCUUUUUGGCUGCGACUCUGGAUAAACUGUGCACUCUUUUUAACUAACCAGGAAUGUCUUAAGAUUUAUUUGAAGUAAACAAGCUGUUCUCAGAUGAAAAUUGAGUUUGUAGCCAGAAAGGUGGCAGGGUCCGCCACAUAUAAACAAAGUAAUAAACAGUAUGAAGUUCUGCUGUCUAUUAAAGUCAGUCUGUUUGGUCAGUUCAUUCAGCUGUG